UGUGUGGCGAGUCGGCCGUUUGACUUCACUAGUCGUUAAUCUUGGUGAGGUCCAGUGUUAAAUAAUCCCCUCAGAUAUCCAAAGAAUGGAAUAGUACCUGAUCUAACACGGGCUUUGGCGCUUGAUGCAUCUUGAUUUGUUCCGCCUGUCUCGAUUGGAUUUUUUAAUAACGGAUCUAAAAUAUUGACUAAAAAUAUCAACAAUCAACAGUAGGCUAAGCCAAAUGUUAGAAUGUUGGGUUAAUCCUCAAACUCAUUGACUUGAGCGCAAACCUGUUUUGUGGUCUCUGAGAGCGUGGAAGGAAUGGGUGUUGUAGAUAACUUUUACCAGUUAUUCGUUAAGAACUUCAUAGACCACCUUUAAACGGACCUGGAUCUGCUCAACCAUGGGUCAAUCACACAGUGAGCUAGACGACGAGGUGGCCCUCACACAUAUCCAGGAACUAUACCGAAAAUUCGCCAGCGAGUGUCCCAGUGGCAACCUGCAUUUACACGAAUUCAAGAAAAUCUUUGGAAUUAGCAGCGACUCGACGGAGGAGGAAUCUGCAUACAUGGACAACGUAUUUCGAUCGUUUGACGCGAACCAUGACAACACACUAGACUUUAUGGAGUAUGUGGCAGCAGUGCACCUCGUUCUUAGAGGAAAGCUCGAGGACCGACUGAGGUGGUCUUUCAAAUUAUACGACAGAGAUGGAAACGGACACCUCGACAAAAAGGAGCUAAAACAAGUUGUCAAAAUCAUCUACAAUAUCAAGAGGCAUGGGAACCCAUCUGAAACUGACAACCUGACCCCUGAUCAGAUCACUGACCGGAUCUUUGACCUGGUGGAUAAGAAUAAAGAUGGCCAGAUUUCCUUGGAGGAGUUCAUGGAUGGGGCUCAGAAGGACCAGUGGGUGCUGGACCAGCUCAAGCUGGACGUGAGACCCUGCGGGUGGUUCCUAGAACAGCAGAGGAAGAACGUGGAGGAAGAACUGCAGAGGAAGAACAACAAGUGACCUUCAAGGGAUUGGAUUCCUACAAUGAUACUGUAUAUAAUAGACAAUAUAUUGAUAUGGACGAAGGCCCGAUGAAUUAACAAAACGUGUAUUGGCGUAUCGUACAAUCCUGUGAAAGAGAUGAGAGACAUGUGGCCGGUUUUAAAUUCGAGAUGACGUGAAGAUUUCCCCCUUUUUCAUGACAAUCAACUGCCAAAAGUUCUGCGUGAUUUAAAAUGAUGGUAGGGAUGACAAAAUGGAGGUAUGCAGAAAGAGCUGUCCCACCACCGACAGGUCAUGAUGUGUGAUAGAUGUUAUUUGGAGGUCUCAAUUGUUUCACUAAAGGGAUCUCAGAUCUACCCCACUUCAAAGAUGGACGCACAAAAUGGUGGCCAGAGACACUGAGGCCGAAUCCCAAAUGUACCCCUAGACACUACACCAGGGAUCAGCAACUACAUUCAGCCGCGUACCGAUUUUUUCUGGAGCAGAUGGUCAGGGGGCCGGAACAUAGUAAAAAAUCAUUUGUAGACUGCAAAGCCCAAA